CAUUUCGCUUUCCUUGGCACUGCAGCUGCUGCGCGCGCGCUCUCUCUCUAGAAUUUCGCCGCCGGUCAAGUUUUUCUUUUCUUCACGGUGGCGAACGGAGGAGAAACUGAGGAUAGAGGAAACCGCCUAACUACGCCGGAUUUGUGCUCUACACCGGUCGCGUUGGGCGAAAGCUUAUUUUGCUGUAUCGCUGCCCGCGCCGACGAGGUGUCGGGGAAAAUCGGAUCGUUGUCUGGGAUCGUUUGGAGUGGAAUUCGUCUUUUUUCUUGUGGCUGAUAUGGUGGUGUGGCUUUGAUUAUUUAUCAAAUGUGAGAAAAUAGGAAAAUAGGGUUUUGGCGGUGGAAGGCAUCGCAAAUGGGGAAGUUGGCGGCGGCGUUGGCGGUUGGAUGUGCCGUAGCGGCGUGCGUGGUGGCGUCGGUUGUCGUAGGAAGGAGUGUGAGGCGGAGGAGGGCGUGGGCGAGGGCGUCGAGGAUUGUAGAGGAGUUAGAGGAGGGAUGUGCUACCCCCGUUUGGCGGCUAAGGCAGAUUGUGGACGCUAUGGCGGUUGAGAUGCAUGCUGGACUUGCGUCUGAGGGCGGUUCUAAGCUGAAAAUGCUCCUAACUUACGUGCAAAACCUCCCCACGGGGAAUGAAAAUGGAACCUAUUAUGCACUAGAUAUUGGAGAAACAAAUCUUCGGAUCUUACGUGUUCACUUAGGUGGCCAAAGGCAUGGUCUCAUUGAACAUGAUCUUGAACAAAGGCCUAUUCCACAAACUCUGUUGAACAGCACAAGUGAGGAGCUUUUUGAUUUUAUAGCAGCAUCGCUGAAGGAAUUUGUUGAAAGCAAAGAAUCUUCCAUGAGUUCACUGACGGAGAGUAGAGAACUCGGCUUCACAUUUUCAUUUCCAGUGAAACAAACUACAUCAUCAUCAGGAUAUUUAAUUAAGUGGACAAAAGGAUUCUCUGUUGAAGACAUGGUUGGGAAAGAUGUUUCUGAAUCCUUACAGCAAGCAAUAUCACGAAAAGGGCUGCAUAUGCAAGUUGUGGUUCUUAUAAAUGAUACUGUAGGAACCUUAGCUCUUGGCCAUUAUCACGACGAAGACACAGUUGCUGCAGUGGUAUUUGGUACAGGUACAAAUGCCUGUUACAUGGAGCGUGCAGAUGCCAUCAUUAAGUGCCAAGGGGUGGCAACAACUUCUGGAGGCAUGGUAGUUAACAUGGAAUGGGGGAAUUUUUGGUCAUCCAAUUUGCCAAGAACAUCAUAUGACAUGGAAUUGGAUGAUGAUAGUCCCAAUCCUAAUGAUCAGUGUUUUGAGAAAAUGAUAUCGGGAAUGUAUCUGGGAGAUAUUGUGCGAAGGGUUAUUCUUCAGAUAGCUCAGAAGACUGAUGUUUUUGGACUUGAAUAUUCCAAAUUACACGAGCCCUCUGUCUUGAGGACACCACUAAUGGCUAUUAUGCACGAGGAUGAUUCCCCAUACUUGAUUGAAGUUUCCCAAAUAUUAAAAGAUACUCUGGAGAUCCCUGAUGUAUCUCUCAAUCUUCGGAAGCUGAUUGUGAAGAUAUGCGAUGUCGUGGUCCACAGAGCUGCUCGAUUGGCAGCUGCCGGCAUUGUGGGGAUUCUCAAGAAGAUCGGAAUUGUGGGUGGUGGUACAAGCAGAGGCGGCGGCAGCAACGAGGCUAAGAUGAGAAGAAUUGUAGUGGCAGUCGAGGGAGGUUUGUAUACAAACUACACGAUGUUCAGAGAGUAUCUGAAUGAAGCAAUGGGACAAAUAUUAGGCGAGGAUAUUGCUGCUUGCGUCGUCAUGAAGGUAACAGAGGACGGAUCAGGUAUCGGAGCUGCCCUUUUAGCUGCAUCUCAUUCAUCAUCGUCUUCGUCAUCUUCUGUUGAUGCAUUCAUUAUUUGAGUAAUAUGCAUAGAUAUAAUGUGUGUGUACCUGUAAAUUUGUAGAAUAAGAUAUAUGAGUAGAUGCAUAUAUAUUGAUUUUAGAAUCAUGUUUGUGAUAGUUUUUCUUUGUGCUGUAUAGCAGGUGGUUUCUAUUGGAUAUAAUUGUAAUGCAUAUACUUAAAUCAAAUUACAUUUGUAAUU